GAUUACGGAAUCGUGACGUCACGUCGGGGGGGCACGCCAGACGCCAGUGUUCGGCCGGACGCAAACCGAGGCGGACGCACGCCAUGUUUAAGCGGUGAACAAAACAUUGACAAUGUUGUUCGAGAGCCCCAACGCUAAGUUGUACCCGGCCUUCAACAUACCGCCGCCCGUAAGAUUAAGCGGAGCGCUCGGAGGCGUGGAGGUUUUGGACGGCAGUUUGGUCGGCGGCGAGCUGACCGCCCAUGUUUUGAGCGCGCAGGCGGCCGCUCAUGCCGCCGCCACGGCCGCUGCGGCGGCCCACCAGCAGCACCAACAACAGCAAAUUGCUGUUCAACAGAUAAAAACCUCCCCAUCAUCGGGGCACACGUCGCCCGCGCCCGCUCCCCCCGCGGCCACCUCCCCCUCCCCCAGCAAGCUGUUUGUCGGGGGCCUAAGCUGGCAGACCAGCUCCGAGAAGCUCAGGGAAUACUUCGCCAUGUUCGGAGCGGUCACCGAUGUGCUCAUCAUGAAGGAUCCUGUCACGCAGCGUUCGCGCGGCUUCGGCUUCAUCACGUUCCAGGAGGCGGCCUCCGUCGACAAGGUGCUAGCCGUGCCCGUGCACACCCUGGACGGCAAGCGCAUCGACCCCAAGCACGCCACCCCCAAGUCCGCCCCUCGCCCCGCCAAGACCAAGAAGAUCUUCGUCGGCGGCGUCGGGCAGGACACCUCCGCCGACGAGGUGCGCGCCUACUUCGCGCAGUUCGGACACGUCGAAGACGCCGUCAUGCUCAUGGACCAGCAGACGAAGCGCCACCGCGGAUUCGGGUUCGUAACUUUCCAUUCCGAGGAGGCGGUCGAGCGCGUCUGCGACAUACACUUCCACACGAUAAAGAAUAAGAAGGUUGAGUGCAAGCGCGCCCAGCCGAAGGAAGCCGUAGCGGCUGCCCCGCUGGCGCUGGGAAAGAGACUCGUGUUACGCCCCGGACGAGGCUUAGUGUACGCAGCGGGCGGCGUCGGAGCCGUGCCCACAGUUGGCGCCGCGCACGCGUACCGCUACGCGCCGUACGCGCUGCCGACCGCGGCCACCGCCGCCACGGCGCUGGUGGCGCCGCCGCAGCCCGCGCCGCCGCCCACCAUGCCGCAGUUCGGCGCCGCCUACUCGCUGGCCGGCGUCGACAUGUCCUCCUUCCAGAGCGUCGACUGGGGCGCCAUGUACGGACUCCCCAUGUACAUCUAAACGGUAACGCAUCUAACGAAUUGAAAAGUUGAAAACCCCACCCGCCUACAGAGGUUAGGUAUUUUAUUUCUUAUACUAUAGUUCCUACGUUUUUAGUACGUCGUAUUUUGUCUUGCCUGAGCGGCCACGGAUCAGUAUUCUUUAAAGUAAUUAAGGUUUACGGCUCAUAUACUUAGGUUAAGUCUUUACUCGACAAGCAAUACUUGGCCCGAUGCGGGAACUAUAUCAAAGAAUACGCAUUUCGUUUUUUUUUAAAGUUAAGUAAGAGGAUCUCAGAUAUUUUAGUUUGCGGACUAAUUUUUCUUUAUGUGUUGGAUUUGUAGUGUAGUGCACGGUCGUUGGCAAUAUGACUAUUUAUACUUGACGAAUGUAUAUUGAUGAAUCUCAUGCAGCUCUGUAUAUCUCUCUAGACAGCGUCGGUCGCCCGGUGACGGAACGCCAUUUAGUAAAUUGAUUAUCUGAAUACAUCACACGUAUCAGUAUUAUAUUUUCGUGCCAUUCUCGCAGAAUACAAGAUUGUGCCAAACUCUGCCAUGUCAUUUUCCGAACAACUGAGCGCUACCUUAUUUACUGGGCUAACAAUGGACGUAGAAAUAUUAUUUACAUUUUUCUUGUAGUCCCACUCGACAUAAUGGUCGCAAUCGAGCUUGACUAGCCAGCCUACAAAGAAAUCUCUUAUUCUAAACGUCCUUUUUAUUUUCAAUAGCAAAAUAAACAAAUACCUACUAAAAUAUAUUCAAUCUUUACGUGACUCAAUUUAUAUUCCAAAACUGUAGACGUAGUUUGAUGCCACGUUUGCUUA